AUGGGGUUUGGACCGCAGAUAUCUUGGAACUCCGACACCGAGUGGACAAUACAGGAUAACUACGAGAUAGAGUUGGACGAUGUGACCUGUGAUAGCAGUGGAGAAUGGGAAAGCUGUUCCUACACGGAGACUCACAACUGUGGACAUUCUGAGGAUGUCUUUCUAACUUGUCAAGCACCCCAAUUUUCACUGAUUGACAACAACGGCAACGAAGUUCUUAACGGAGGAUCACUCGCAUUGCUUCUCUAUAACGACGGAACAGUUUGUGACGACAGCUUCACUUCCAAAUCUGGCAUAGCCAUUUGUCGUCAUAUGGGCUUCACAGGAUUGCUCGAGUGGUCAUAUGGAAAUAAAUUCCCCGACAUACAGGCUAGCAAAGAUAUCAAUUUGGAUAAUGUUGUCUGCUCACAUGAAGACUGUGCCUCAUGCUCGUAUGUCACUGAGGACAACUGUGGUCAUAGUGAGGAUGUGUUCUUGUCCUGUGAAGUAUCUAUCAAUGAAGUAGCGACCUGUCCACCACACCAAACCUGUCCACCACACCCAACCUGUCCACCAAACCCAACAUGUCCUCCCCAAAUCACUUGUCCAAAACCUGACUGUCCUGCAGGCCACUACACACACAACUUAAUCUGUGCAAUGUGCCCUGCCAACUUCUUCAGUCCUACCUCAGGAUCUACAUCCUGUAUAAGAUGUCCAGGUGUCGCCACCUCCAAGCCAGGCUCUGUCCAGUGUGAUUGCCAAGUCGGAACCCAGUGGAGUGAUGGGCGAUGUAGCAAAUGUCCCAGUGACUCUGCAAGUGUUAGUGGAAAAUGUUUUCAGUGUCCAGUUGACUCACUGCCUAAUGAUGAUGGGAGUUCUUGUGAUUGUCCAGACGGGCAGUACUGGAUGUGGGAUCAUGAGAUGGAAGGAAAAUGUGUGCCUUGCCCGGAAGGCAAAUUUAAGGCUGGAGCAGUGAUGCAAUGCCAGUUGUGUCCAACAGGGGCAACAUCUCUAGCAGGAUCAGCAGCAUGUUCUUGUGAAAAAGGAAGCUUUUGGAAUGGGGAAAACUGUGAACCGUGUGGAUCUGGCACAGCUAGCUUGGGAGGAGCAACUACUUGUAUCACUUGUAGUGAUGGUGCAACUGAGGAUCUCACUGGUUGUCUCUGUGAAGAUGGUAUAGUCUGGGAAUGGGAUGGUCCAAGCAAUGGGUCCUGCAAGCCUUGCUUAUCGAACACAUACAAAGUUGAGGGAAUGAUCACUUGUCGAGACUGCCCAUCUCCUUCUACUUCUCUACUUGGAUCACAGUCUUGUACCUGCCUUGCUGGGAUCUUCUGGAAUGGGCAGAACUGUGAAGAAUGCAGCUCUGGUUCAGCUAGCGCAAAAGGAGCAUCUAGAUGCAUGACUUGUGACAGAGGAACAUUAACUAACCAAUCAAGCUGCGUUUGUGAGGACGGUAUGACCUGGGAGUGGGACAGUCCAAUAACUGGAUCAUGUAAGCCAUGUCCAAAAAACUACUACAAGGUCGGAAACAUGAGUUUCUGUAAAGAUUGCCCAUCCUCCUCAACCUCACCACCAGGAUCAAGUCACUGUUCUUGUGGCACAAAAACUUUCUGGAGCAACAGCAAGUGUAUCCUGUGCACAGGAAAUGACUUCUUCCAGAAGUCAAUCGGAAAAUGCACCCAGUGCCCAAAUGGAACUACUUCUAUUCUUAACGAUACUGCUUGUAGCUGCCUUGCUGGAAACUACUGGCAUUCCCAAACAAUGAAAUGCAUUCCCUGUCUUGAGAAUUACUACAGUGGUGACUUUGCCGUAGAGUGUACAAAAUGUCCUCUCUACACUAUUUCGAAAAAGGGAUCUCCGCAAUGUCAAACAUGCGAAAUCGGGCAGUAUUGGAAGCAAUACACUUGUGAUGUGUGCAAUGAACUGGACAAGAUAGGCAAUGGAGUCUUUUGUAUAAUGAAGUCUCUAGGAAAAGAGGGGUCCUCUGAAAAAAUAGUUCACGGUGGUAGAGGUAUGACUGCCAUCAUAGCUGGCAUUGCAGUCGUACUAGGUUUAGUGUGCAUCGUCCUAGCAGUCCUUAUGAUGAAGAAAAAGAAAGAGAAAGUAAAGACACCAGAACAAGGAGUUGGAGUAAGAUAUUCCUCCAUAUUGACCCCUAACGUUGAGUACAGUGACUGGCCCGAAGGGGCAGGACCAUCAGCGGUGAGACUUCAAGAGGAGCCAGAGGAAGAAGAAAGAAGUGGGUGUGCUGAAUGGAACAACUUCACACCAGGAAGUGAGCACGACGAGAACAUCUACUCUCACUUGGACGACAGAGUUGAUCAACUGAGGAAACAAGGAGGUGUCAUUUAA